AUGUUUAACAUCCUCUGCUGGAAUUGCAGAGGUGCUCGUAAGAAGGAGACUGGCAACUUCUUACGACACCUUAUUGGGGAACACAACAUCAGCAUUAUUGGUCUAGUUGAGACCAAAAUGGAAACUUUCUCUAGAACGGACGUGGACAAGCUUGCGGGGAGGAGUUGGGAUUACUGCUUUCAGCCUUUGGUGGGUAGGGCUGGGGGCAUUCUUGUUUUAUGGAAUUGCGCGGUUGGCACCUUCAAUGUCACCUUUCAAACGAACCAAUGCAUCAUGGGGAGUUUUAGGUGGACGUCUUCUCCUUCAUGGGAAUUUGCUGUGGUCUAUGCCGACAAAGACAGGUAUGCUAGGCGGCUGAUUUGGGAGGAUAUGUCGCAGCAUCAUGUUGCUGAUGCCCCAUUGGUUGUGGGCGGAGAUUUCAACUGCAUUAUGUCACAGCGUGAGAAGAAGGGGGGGAGGCCAUUUACUUUCAACCCUGCGGCCAGUGACAUGGGAGAAUUUAUGAAUGCUAACGGCUUGAUUGACCCGAGGUUCUCGGGUCCGGCCUUCACGUGGAAAAAUAAUAAUGACGCUGGAAGUCGGAUUUAUUCGCAUUUGGAUCGGUUUCUGAUCAGCUCAUCCAUUCUGGAUGAAUUUCAGGGUUUGAAGGCGGGCGGCAAGAGGACCUAUUCCUCUUGGAUCCGAUUUGAAGAUGUUUGGGCCAGCUAUCCCAGGGCUUGGCAACUAGUUACGGAAAAAUGGAAGGUGCACGACACCGGCUCGGAAGUUGCGAUUCUGCAGAAAAAGUGCCAAAGGACUCUCAAGGCCUUGUUCUUUUGGAGUAGGAACAAAAUCAAUAUGCUGGAUCAAUUAAAGGGUGAGCUUGAUCGGGAGAUUAGCAUCUUGCAGGAGAUUGAUUGCUCUCCUUCUGGCCUGUCUGAGGCUCAAUUCGAAUCUCUCAGAUAUAAGGUUCAAUUGCUUAAGGCAACUUUGGCUAGAAUCAUGACUUGGUGGGGGUAG